AUGGCAGGAGCCAGAGUUUUUCAGGAAGAGUUCACGUGUGUAGUGUGUCUGGAUCUCCUGAAGGAUCCAGUGACCAUCCAGUGUGGACACAGUUACUGUAAGAGCUGUAUUACAGGCUGCUGGGAUCAGGAGGAUCAGAUGAGAGUCUACAGCUGCCCUCAGUGCAGACAGACCUUCAGUCCAAGACCUGCUUUAGCUAGAAACACCAUGCUGGCUGAAGUGGUGGAGAAACUGAUGAAGACCAAACUCUCUGCUGACUGUGACGCUGGAGCUGGAGAUGUGCAGUGUGACGUCUGUACUGGAAGAAAAUACAAAGCCGUCAAGUCCUGUCUGGUGUGUCUGAACUCUUAUUGUCAAACUCAUUUUGACCGUCAUAAGGAAUUUCAUUCACAUAAGCCACACAAAGUGAUUGAUGCCACUGGACGACUGCAGGAGAUGAUCUGCCAGAAACAUGAGAAGAUCCUUGAGGUUUUCUGUCGCACUGACCAGAAAUGUAUAUGUGUGCUGUGUACGAUGGAUGAACAUAAAAACCACAACAUUGUAUCAGUUGCAGCACAGAGGACAGAGAAACAGAAGCAGCUGAAGGAGACGCAGAAGACGUUCCAGCAGAGAAUCCAGCAGAGAGAGAAAGAUCUCCAGCAGCUGAGAGAGGCUGUGGAGUCUCAGAAGCGCUCUGCACAGACAGCAGUGGAGGACAGUGAGAGGAUCUUUACUGAGCUCAUCCGCUCCAUUGAGAGAAGCUGCUCUGAGCUGAUACGGCUGAUCAGAGAUCAGGAAAAGCAAGCAGUGAGUCGAGCUGAAGGACGACUGGAGCGACUGGAGCAGGAGAUCAAUGAUCUGAGGAGGAGAGACGCUGAGCUGGAGCAGCUUUCACACACACAGGAUCACAUCCAGUUCCUGCAGAGUUUCCAGUCUCUCUCAGCACCUCCUGAAUCUACAGAUGGAAAUGACAAUCCCUUCAUUUCUCUCGUCUCUUUUGAUGGUCUGAGAGAAUCUGUCCAUCAGCUGCCAGAAAAACUGGAGGAUUUCUGCAAAGAGGAGCUCAAGAAGAUCUCAGACAGAGGUAAAGUCCUGGAGAUUCAUCUGCUCUCAGAAACCAGUCCAUCAUCCAGGAACCACUUCCUACAAUAUUCCCAUCAGCUCACUCUGGAUCUGAAAACAGUGAAUAAACACAUCCAUCUGUCUGAGAACAACAGAGUGAUGACUGUCACUGGCACACAUCGGCUGUAUCCUGAUCAUCCAGACAGAUUUGAUGCGUGGUCUCAGGUGUUGUGUAGAGAGAGUGUGUGUGGACGCUGUUACUGGGAGCUGGAGUGGAGCGUGAAUGAUGUGUCUGGCGGUGUGUUAAUAUCAGUGUCAUAUAAGAGCAUCAGCAGGAAGGGUGAUAAGUGUGGGUUUGGAUUCAAUGAUCAGUCCUGGAGUUUGUUCUGCACUCCCUCCAGACACACGUUUGGACACAAUAACAUAUGGAUUGAUCUCCCUGUGAAGCCCAUCAUCAGGAGAAUAGGUGUGUUUGUGGAUCACAGUGCAGGAACUCUGUCCUUCUACAGCGUCUCUGACACAAUGAGACUCAUCCACACAGUCCAGACCACAUUCACUCAGCCACUCUAUCCUGGGUGUUAUGUUGGUUCUGGAUCAUCAGUGAAACUAUUUUAAAUUAUUUAAAACAUUUUUAAAAUAAAUUUCUUUGAUACUUUUGGAGCUUUGGUGUUGCCAACAUUGCAUUUCUAAUAUGCUUCUACUUGUUUUUUAGUCAAGCACCCAUUUGAGAUCGAUGUGCGUGCUGUUGCUUACUCUUUGUUUUUAUUAUCAUGCAUUUAAAGAGAUAGUUCACCCAAAAAUGUUCUGUCAUUAAUUACUCACCCUCAUGUCGUUCCAAACCUGU